AUGACUGUGCACCGAAGCGUACCAAGACUCCUUUUCGUUACCUGUUUCGUCGUAAACUGCAUCCUGUGGUCGCAAAGUCGAUAUGGCCGGUUCCACGAUCUCCACUCUUCAGAACUACUGGACUCGUCGACAAUAAGUCUGGUCAGGAGGGGGCACGGUAGUUUGGAAGGGCUUUUGGGUCAUAAAGCUGAGUGUCACCCAUUGACCUUCCCGGUUCACGAACAAUGCAAGCAUGUCCAUAAAAGCUGCCCGACGAGCGAUACCUUCCUUUCACUCGACUACCUCAGCUUCUACUUCUGCUUGAGCCCUGCCUUGCGACCCCUUGGCUUCGUCGCCCUCAUAUUAUGGCUAGCUUUCCUUUUCUCGGCCCUCGGCAUCAGUGCAUCCGAUUUCUUCAUCCCGAAUCUGUCGACGAUCGCGCAGCUGCUUGGUCUGGACGAGAAUGUCGCGGGGGUGACGUUUCUGGCGUUCGGGAAUGGCAGUCCUGACGUUUUCUCGACAUUUGCCGCGAUGCGCACGAACUCUGGCAGCCUGGCCAUCGGCGAGUUGAUUGGGGCUGCUUCGUUCAUCGUCUCAGUCGUUGUGGGCUCCAUGUGCAUCAUCAAGCCUUUCCAAGUCAAUCGGGGGCCUUUCCUGCGCGAUGUAGGAUUCUUUGCCGCGGCGGUGGCAUUAUUGUUGGUUAUAUUGCUCGACAAUGAGCUUUUGUUCGUGGAAGCGGCAGGAUUGGUCGUUCUGUAUGUUUUCUACGCUCUGGUGGUUGUGUCUUCAAGUUGGUGGGAACGGAGACAAGAGGGCAAACGGGUUCUGGAGGCUCGGAUCCGUGCAGAGUACGACGAGAAUACACCUCCGUUUAUGCCAUACAGGGACAAUCCCAAUGGUCCACAAACGACGUUGGUCGUUCCGACACCUGUACCCGCUUCGCGUGCUCGCGCAAUAUCCACCCCCGGGCCCCCUCGAAUUCAAACAACCCUCCCGCCUCGCCCACACUCUCGGAGCCCCUCCCCCUCCCAAUACCACCACCACCCGCGUCUUCCCUCGUUCUCGCUUGUCGGAGCUCUCGAGUUCCGUCAGGUCGUCAACUCCCUCAGUGCCGACGCCGCUGGGCCGCAGCUGAACGCAUUCGACAGCCCAGCCACUCCAUUCGCUGGCGGGCACUACCACACACCGUCCCAUGCCAGGUCCCGAUCCCCGUCGUUCAUCGAGGAGAAUCCCUUCGAGGCCUCCCUCGGCGUGCCCCUUGACGAGCGUUCCGCACCACGACUCGCCAUCACGCCAGCCUCCGACUCAGAUGAAUCGCGGCCAGGCAACCCAGAUGGCGACUCGCUAUACGGCUCCACCAUCCCCUCCAUAUCUGUCACGCCGACCCCUGCUUCCCCCAUAUUGUCCCAAUUCUCCGAGGAUUCCAUGCUACCUCUGACCUCGCGCCGCCGCCGGUGGAUGCACGUCGUCCGCCGCAUUCUGCAUACUCUGUUUCCUUCGUUGUAUCACUUCGGUGACAAGACGGCAGCUGGGAAGCUCGCGAGCAUCUUCGCUGCGCCGGCGGUGAUGAUGCUAACGUUAACGCUGCCCGUGGUCGUUAUGAAAUACGAAUACGCACAUAAUUCGCCCCGGCACGUACCUGAAGGCCGGCUGGUGGAUUUCGAGGAGGAGGGCGUGGAGCGAGUCUUAGUCGCCGAAGAAGAAGCGAAGGACGAACUUCACGACAUGGAUUACAAUAAGUGGUUGACGGCAGUACAAUGCGUAGCUGGCCCGAUAUUCGCUGUUUCCGUGUUGUUCAAUGCGAGCAGUCACUUGAAGUGGAUCCUGUUGGCAACAUCCCUGGCUGGCGUGACCAUCGCUAUCCUCGUCGUAGUUUUCGGAGGGAAAGGGAAUCAUACAUCGACUCGCACCGCCCGAUGCUUCAUGGGCUUCUUCGUCGCCAUUGUCUGGAUCAUGGCCGUCGCAGACGAGACGGUCAACAUCCUUAGGACAUUCGGCUUCAUCUUCGGUCUAUCCGAUGCUAUCAUCGGACUGACAAUAUUCGCGGUUGGCAACUCCCUCGCAGACCUCGUGGCCAACAUGAGUGUCGCAACAUUCGCCCCCAUCAUGGGUUUCUCCGCCUGCUUCGGCGGGCCCAUGCUCAACAUCCUCCUCGGUGUCGGCAUAUCCGGCUCCUACAUCACGCACCAAACAGGCGUCCCCUACGAGCUUCAUUUCUCCACAACUCUCCUUGUGAGCACAGUCGGACUGCUCUCCCUCCUCGCCGCCACCGUGAUAUUCGUCCCCUGGAACGGGUACUUCCUGACGAGAUCGUGGGGCGUCUUCCUCAUUGUAUCGUACUGCAUCAUCAUGACUACGAAUAUUGUUGUCGAGCUAAAUAGCCAUCAUUAG